CCCAGCUCCGGAGCGAAUGACUUCCCCCGCUGUGGGGCAGGAGCGGGGCUUGCUGCGAUCCCCCAGAGCCCACGAUCGCAUCUCCCCAGCCAGCGAGUCCGCCAGCACCAGACAGAGUCCCACCCGGCGCCUGGGGCCAUGGCCACUGACUCAUGGGCCCUGGCGGUGGAUGAACAGGAGGCGGCGGCGGAGUCGUUGAGCAACUUACAUCUUAAGGAAGAGAAAAUCAAACCAGAUGCCAAUGGUGCUGUUGUCAACACCAGUGCUAAUUCAGAGAAGGCAGAUGAAGAAGAGAAAGAGGACAGAGCGGCCCAGUCCUUACUCAACAAGCUGAUCCGAAGCAACCUCGUCGACAACACGAACCAAGUGGAAGUCCUGCAGCGGGACCCAAACUCCCCGCUCUACUCAGUGAAGUCCUUCGAGGAGCUUCGGCUGAAACCACAGCUUCUCCAGGGAGUCUAUGCCAUGGGCUUCAACCGUCCGUCCAAGAUCCAAGAGAAUGCAUUGCCUUUGAUGCUUGCUGAGCCCCCACAGAACUUAAUUGCCCAGUCUCAGUCUGGCACUGGUAAAACAGCUGCCUUCGUGUUGGCCAUGCUCAGCCAAGUAGAACCUGCAAAUAGAUACCCCCAGUGUCUGUGCCUCUCCCCAACUUACGAGCUUGCGCUGCAAACAGGAAAAGUGAUUGAACAGAUGGGAAAAUUCUACCCUGAACUGAAGCUAGCUUAUGCUGUCCGAGGCAAUAAAUUGGAAAGAGGUCAGAAGAUCAGUGAACACAUUGUCAUUGGCACCCCUGGGACUGUUCUGGACUGGUGCGCCAAGCUCAAGUUCAUUGACCCUAAGAAGAUCAAGGUGUUUGUUCUGGAUGAGGCUGACGUGAUGAUAGCUACUCAGGGCCACCAAGACCAGAGCAUCCGCAUCCAGAGGUAG